CACUACCAAUGCUGAAUGCAAUGUAGAGCCAAUGUUGAAUGUGAAAGUCAAUGUUGAAUAUGAAAGCCAAUUUCAAAUGCAAAAGCCAAUGUCAAAUGCAAAAGCCAAUAUCAAAUGUGAAAGCCAAUGUCAAAUGUGA